GGCCACGCCCCUUGCUCCCGGAGGGCGGGGGACCUCGCGGGCUUUUGCGGCGCGCGCUUGCGCGCUUGUAGCGCUGCGGUGCCGCCCCUUCCGCGGACGUUUUCACUGCUCUCACUUUGUGUAGUCAAGCAUGAGGCCCCCUUGGUCGUUUGGAGGACACCUGUAUAUAUGACAACACUUCCAUUUGCAGUUACCAUUUUGUGGUCAUGCUUCUGGUAUUUCCAUUACAUCCGAACCAACUUUUUCUUUAAAUUACAGCUUUGUGGGCAAAGUUCACGUGAGAUGGAAGAUUUUCGAGGUAUAGCAGAAGAGUCAUUUCCAAGCUUUUCAGCCAAUUCACCACUUGGUAAUAGUGAGGUUUUGGAAAAUGUCACUCUUUCAUCAAAUUUUGGUCUGCCCAUUGCUGUUUCUACACUUGCCAGGAACAGACCCAGCACUGACAACAGGUGUCUUGAUGUCCAGGAGUCAUACUUAAUUGAAAGAAGGCUUUCAGUUCCUUUUGUCUCAUCUCCCAGUUGCCAGAGUGACAACACUGAACCAAGAGAGAAAUUACAACUCAGCUUUCAGGGUGAUGAGAAAAAGAACUACAUAGAAAGUGCACAUGUGCCACUUGCUCUCAUGGCACCAAGAACAGAAGAAAAGCAAGCUAACACUACAACAUCCAAUCAGUGUCAGCCUCUUUUGGAUGAAAUUUCCCCUCUGGAACAAGUACCAGACUCAGCUCUUGAUUUUCACUUAAAAUCAUGGAUGAAUAAUCAAGAACACAAGAUUGUCAUGCCUGAUGCUAGGAAGCAUCUUGAAGACAAGACUCCAAACAGUGAUUUCAGCCAUAUCAGCUUAUUAGAAAAUGAGAAACUUUUAACACUGACAAACCUGGAAGAUUUCUCUGAUGAUGAUAUUAAUGAUGAAGAAUUUUAUGAUGAUCAUUUAGAAGCAUAUUUUGAACAACUGGCUGUUCCAGGGAGGAUAUAUGAAGCAGAAGGACAGGAGUCACCAGAAAAUGUUUUUAACUUACCAGCAAAUGAAAACAGUGUGUUAAACUAUGAAUUCCAGUUAGAAAAUAAUAGUUCUCUGAUUUCCCAUGAUGCAUAUACUUCAGGAAGUUCUGGAACAACUCACAGAGAGUCUGAGGAAGGCCAUGGUUGUCUGCUGAGGACCAGUAUUGUAGAUACUGUAAAACAGCUAGAUAUUAUGUUACCGUUUUCCUCUCGUACUUGGAGAACUGAGAAGGAUAUUGUUCCAGAUCAAAGCAGAGGAUGUACAGGAGAGGAUGUUCUGGGGAAGAUGAUGCAUACUGUGGAUGAGACACUCAACCCAGCUUACAGUCACAACAUGAGCACUUCAGAAGGUGGCUUUAACCCGGCUGACUCCAUAAAACAGGACUCAGAGUCUCCUCACCAAAACAAACAUUUGGCUUCAGAUUUAAAAACAGUUUUGAAUGUGGAUAGAGACUUAAACACGGAGACUCCUACAGUGUGUAUUCAAAAAGUUGGGUGCAUUGCAUCUUCAAAGACUAAUGGUGGCAAUGGAAUGAAGACUCCUGAUACUCUUUGGUCACCAACUUGUGAAAGGAGAGCAUGUGAAUAUUAUGAAUCUGUUACAAAGCCUACAAAGCCUACAAAGCCUAAUGACAAAACAGAUCUCUCACAGAGCGUAGUCUACCAAAAUGAGGAUGGCAAAUGGGUCACUGACCUUGCCUACUACACAUCUUUUACUGAUCAGCAAGAUUUACAGAUGUCUCCAAAUAAUGAAAUGAACGAAGACUUCAGAUCUGGUACUGAAGCAUUGGAUUUAAUUGCAAAAGAUGAAGAAAUAUUCAAUAAAGAACAUCCAUUUAUACAGGACGAAAAAAUAGACGUUCAGGAUACUUCACUUGCACUUGGUGAUACAUCCUGGGCAGCUACAGUUAACUACCAUUUGUUGAGAAAAUCACUUGGCACAUCAGAUCUGGACAAACAUGAGGGCAGUUUCCUACACUUGUCAUUAGGAGAGUUCUUCGCAGAAAGAUCCGAGGCUCUUGGUUGCCUCGGUGGUGGUAGCCACGUGAAAAGACCAUCAUUUGGUUAUUUUAUUACAUCACCGGAGGAGAAAGAACCUUUUGCUUUACUAAACUCUGAUGUGUCAAGAAGUAAUUUGGACAAAGAAGUGACUCAUCUUCGCCAUGAUUUGUUUUCAGGAAAUUUAAGUGAACUGUCCCAGGCACAGCUAAGUGAAGGAUCAGUUACACUUCAGGCUGAAGAACUGCAGAGGACUUCCCAGGUGGAUGAAAACGAUGUGACUCUAACUGCCAACAAAAGCAAGACAGAGGAUACUUUCUACAGUAACAACAAAGGUCAAGAACACAGAAACACGCUGUCUGGCGGUAGAGAUUCUGUACUUAGAAUAAGCACCAUUGCUUCAGCCAUUGCAGAUGUGUCAGUGAGUACUGAUCCUGCCCAGCUGGUUGCCAUGAUGAAGGCACUUACCAAUAAAAAAAGAGGCAAGACUUUCCAGGAUGAUGAUACACAAGAGGACUGUUCCACCACAUCUCAUUUCUCAACUAAUGAUGUAGAGAAAAGCAACAGAUCCAAUGCAUUUGACAUGGAGAAAUACCUUGCGAAAACAGAAGUCAGUGGCUGUGAAGGUGCAUGGGAGCCCUUUGUGAGAGCAGGCACUUCGGACAUUUGGGAUUCAUGUUUGCCCAAACAGCAGACUGUUGAAGACAUCAGUAUAGUGGAUGUUUGUGCUACUAAUACAAGGGAACCCAAAGGAGAUUCAGCAGCUGUUUUCUCUGAUGAAAAUGUGGAGCGUGAGACUCAAGAAUCACUUACAACAACAGCCUCUUCAACGUCAGUUCUUACCAACAUAAGAGAGAAUGGAAGCACAGUCAUAGGGAGGAAGGAGUGCUCCAUUGACGAAGUACCAGAUGUGCAGAACAAUGAGAAAGCUGCCUCAGUUUCCAUUCCUAUACCCGGUAGUUACUCAUCAAUAAGGAACCCCAGAGCACCAUGCCUUCGCCUUUUAGAAAAAUGUGAAGAAAUACAAGAUAAUAGUGAAAACCAAAGGAAAAAAGAAUGUGUCAGUAAGACAAGCAGCAGUGACAAGCACGUCACUUUUGAAGAAGAUUUUAUAGUCUUACCUAAAAGUGUUGAGUUGAAGACUGACUCUACUGUGAGUGGUGGAUCUGGGUUUGAAGACCAGGGGAGCUUCAGAUUGUCUAUUUCACCACUCAGUCAUUCUUCUCCUAGUGAAACUUCUGGAAGCUUAUCAGGGUGUGCUCUAGAGUCUCUUGAUUUAGCUCAUCACCAGAAGCACCACUCAGAGUGUGAGUUGUCUGAAUUGUCAUGUUCCCAUGAUGACAUGAGCAGACUGACUUACGUGUCUGAACAGGAAAACACCUUUCCUGUCCCAGCUGCUGCUGAAAGCUCAGAGGACCACAAGAGUGAUCUCACCAGUGAGUUGAGUACAACAAUUAUUCGAGCCAGUCCGAUUCCAGAAGAAGAAGAAGAAACUAUGGAGAAGCUAAGAAACAAAGUUUCAGGUCAUAAUGCAGAAAAAGUAGCAUUGCCUUGUAUUAUCCAGGUUGAGUCUGGUUUAGAAAAAGUGACAGAAACUCCUUCUCUGAGUAGCAGAUUUGAAGAUGGAGAACCUAAAUUUACAUCGAAUCAAGAUAUUUCUUCCAAAAGUGAGGAAUACUUGGAAGCCAUUAAUGUAGAAUCAACGUCUGGCCUCAGUGAACAGGACCUGAUUGGCCAGGCUCUCCUGAGCCACUGGUCUGGGCCAGCCAUACCAAGCCUCCCUGUGUUGAGCCAGAAGGCUGUGGAACAAGGUCAAAGGUUGACAUCUACUGGCCUGUCAACUGCCAGCAGUGAAUCUAGCAACCAGAUUCCUAAUCUGGGUACCUCUGCAAACCAGCACAAUCUUCCUCCUCAAAUUUCAGCUCAUGCUUCUGUUGCUAAGGUGCAGAACCAGCCUGCUCUGUGCUCUACACUCUGGACUGGACAGUCUCUAUACACAGCUCCUGUGGCCCAGCAGUAUUUGGGACUGGUCCCUUCAUCUGGGAAUGCCACCUUGCCUCAGUGCUAUGCAGGCGUGAAGGUCCAUGGGAUUUCAGGGUAUUCUCCUUAUCCUCCUGUAGCGCCAGAACAUGUGGCUUCCGGGAUGUGUUUAGCACCAAAUCUUGCCUCUGGAAUGAUGGGUCCCUCUUCUCUUUAUAACCCAUGUUCUACUGCUGUACACCAGAGCCUCCUGAGUACAGCAAAGCCACUUUCUGUGCUCUCUGUUGGUGCAAACUGUGAAACGGAAUCAUGGGACUCGGGGAUAAUGUCUGGAUUUGGAAAUGCCAGAGUACCUGAGGAACUGAGGUUUCCUCAUGCUUGCUGUGUCGGUAUUGCUUCACAGACCCUCCUUAGUGUCCUCAACCCAACUGACCGUUGGCUACAAGUCAGCAUCAGAGUCCUCAGUAUCUGUGUGAACGGCGAGAAGGUGGAUCUUUCAACACAAACAUGCUUGGUUUUCAAGAAUAAAGUUGUUAUAAGACCUCAUGCCACAGAAGAGAUAAAAAUUCUUUUUAUACCCACAAAUUCUGGGAUUUUCAGAUGUACAUUCAGUAUUGUUUCUUGGCCAUUUUCAGCAGAUGCUGAUACAAUAGCACAAGCAGAAGCUUUGGGAAGCAGAGUCACUCUUACUGCUAUUGCUGAAACCCCUGUUAUCGAGGUAGAUACAGAAAAGAAAGGUGUUCUGGAUUUUGGUGACUUGACUUAUGAAAGCUGGAAAGCUCUCCCAUUCAAGUUAAUAAAUAGGACACACGCUGCUGUGCCGAUCAGACUGACGAUUAGUGCUAAUGCCUUAGCCUGGCGCUGCUUCACAUUUUCCAAAGAGCCCAUUCAGGCUUCUCUGAAAGCUGCUCCUUACUCUGACAUGAUUGCUCAGCUGGUGACCCCAUCUGUAAUCAGUCACGUGAUGCCUGCCAGUUACGAUGGACAGGAUCCAGAAUUUCUGAUAGUUUGGGUUAUUUUCCAUAGUCCUAAGAAGCGUCUCACUUCAGAAAUUCUAGGCUCGGCAGAAGAAUUCCUGGCUAGAGUGGAUAUAGAAGUUGACAGCCCUAACCCUAUACCAGUUCUUAGAAGUGUGGACCUCCGAGCAAGAGCAGGAAUAGCUAGGAUUCAUGCCCCCAGGGACUUACAGACUAUGUAUUUGUUGGCCGAUGUAAAUUCUUCAACAAAGCAGCCCUUGCCUUUGAAAAAUGCUGGAAAUAUUGAAGUUUAUCUAGACAUCAAGGUCGCAGAAAAAGGAAGCCAGUUUUCAGUUAAUCCAGAGAGUUUAUUUCUUAAACCUGGAGAAGAACAUGAAGUUACAGUUUCAUUUACACCAAAGGAUUCCAAAGCAUAUGAAGAAAGGAUCUUGAGAAUAUUUGUGCAGCCAUUAGGACCUCAGUAUGAAGUGGUGUUAAAAGGUGAAGUCAUUCCUUCUGGGAGUAAACCUCUGCCACCUGGAUCUCCCUGCUCAGAUGUCCCAUUGAUUCUGUCCAAUAAGCAGUUUCUGACCUGGGGAGGCCUCCCUCUUGGCAGGACACAGCUUCAGAAACUAGUUUUAAGAAACAGUUCUGCAACCACAGCCCAGACUCUUCGACUCCUUAUUAAAGGACAGGAUCAGGAUUGCUUUCAGAUUAAGAACACUUUUGGCUCAGAAGAGAGAUUGACCAGUAACUGUGAGAUCAGAAUUUGCCCAGGAGAGGACUGUGUAAUUUCUGUGUUAUUUGCACCUACUCGAUUAUCUUGUAUGUUGGCUAAACUAGAAAUCAAACAACUUGGAGAUCGUUCACAGCCAGGCGUUAAGUUUAUGAUACCUUUGUCUGGAUAUGGAGGAACAAGUAAUCUUAUUUUAGAAGAUGUUAAAAAGUUAUCUGACAGUUACUUGGUAACAGUGAAUGACUUAGUUCCUGGCAAAGAAAGUAAAGUUAUUUUUUCUAUUCGAAACACUGGCUCCAGAGCAGCCUUUGUUAAAGCAGUAUGUUUUAAAGAUUGUCAAAGAAAAGUUUUGCUGGAUCCUAAAGUAUUGAGGAUUUUUCCAGAUAAAUUUGUGCUUAAGGAAAGAACCCAAGAAGAUAUUACUUUAAUAUACAAUCCAUCAAUCAGAAAGAAUGACAAAAAUCCUGCAACAGAACUGCUAAGUGUAUACUUCUUUGGUGGUGAUGAAAUCUCCAGACAGCAGUACCGAAGGCCUAAUGACAUUCAGCUCUUUUAUGGAAGCAUGCGUAAAAUUACCCUUUCAGUAAUUGGAGAAUUCAGAGAUUCCGUUUCUAGCAGAGAAUUUCUUCAGCCUUCUUCCAGUGCUAGGUUGGAAUCUGAAAGUGAAUCUGGAACUUCUGGAAAACAAAGUGACAAUGUCUCUUUGGAUGUUUUACCAGUUAAAGGCCCUCAAGGUCCUCCUUUUCUCUCACAAAUUGCCCACCCCGCUCAGGGCACACCAACCUCUGAAGAAAGGUGGGCUGUCCAUCCGGAACACUUGAUUCUGGUAGCUCCUUCUUGUGAAUACUUGGGUGACAUGGCAAAAACUGGACGUUUCCAGAUUAUAAAUAACUCUGUUAGGGUACUGAAAUUUGAGCUAUACUGGCCAGCACAUUGCCUGACAGUCACACCACAACAUGGAUUUAUCACACCAGAAAGUAAAAUACAAAUUCUUGUGAGUCCCAAUUCUUCCCUGUCCACAAAACAAUCAAUGUUCCCUUGGACUGGCUUGAUCUAUAUACACUGUGAUAACGGAGAGAAGAAAAUGGUAAAAGUUCAAAUACGAGAAGAUUUGAGUCAACCUUUACUUCAUUUGGCCUCGAGCACAUUUGGACCUCUUGCCCCAGGACCUGAGCCUUCCAUUAGUCAUUUGACAAAACCAAUAGCAAAACCACCUUCCACAAAAGUUGAAAUUAGAAGCAAAACAGUGAUUUUUCCUCCAACAGAACCUGGUAAAACUUCAGAGAACUAUCUGGAGCUGGAGAAUUGUGGCCCCAAUGAUGUGAAGUGGCACCUGUCAUCUUUUGCUCCCCCAUAUGUCAAGGGAGUUGAUGAAACUGGAGAUGUUUUUAGAGCUACCUACACAGCAUUCAGAUGUUCACCCAUUUCUGGAACACUGGAAGGCCAAAGAAUCCAAAAGGUCUCCAUCAUGUUUCUGCCCAGAGAUAGAGGGGAUUACUCCCAGUUUUGGGAUGUUGAGUGCCACCCUGCUAAAGAGCCUCACAUGAAACACACCCUGAGAUUCCAGCUCUCCGGACAGAGCAUCAGAGCAGAAAAUGACUCUGAAGACUCAUGCUCCUCCAGCGAUACCCUCAUUAAAGUAGAUGCUGCAGGCGUGUCUCGGAGGUGUGCUGUGCCCGAGACCUCUGCUCACAUACCUGGCAGGCAGCUUGACUUGAGUCACCAUGGAGUAUAUGCCCCAAAGGACGUCUACAUGUUCUUGCCAACGAAACUUGGGGAAUCCAGGACACUGAAAGUCAAUUUGCGAAAUAAUUCUUUUUUCACUCAUGCACUAAAGUUUGUGAGCCCCAGAGCACCUUUCUAUAUGAAACAUUCCAAAUACUCUUUGAGAGCCCGGCACUAUAUCCACAUCCCGGUGCAUUUCCGACCGCAGUCAGUGGGCAGAUUCGAAGUUUUACUUGUGAUCCAGACAGAUGAAGGCAAGAGCAUUGCUGUUCGGCUAAUUGAUGAAGCCCUUGGAAAAAGUUAACCAGAAUACAUUUUGUGUAA